UAAGUGAUGUGUUUUAUGCGUUGGCUCGGAGAAAUUCAGACUUGGGCAUCAAAGUCUCGGAGCAGCGAUCCUGCAUCAUUAUAGCUGGUUGUUUGCCCAUGCUUCACAUGCUGUAAAGUCUUAGCAACGUGAGGGUGAUCGACGACGUCAAUGGCAUUACGGAAAUAAUCCAAAUUCUACUUGUUCGACUUGUCUAAGUACUCACUGAUAACACUAUAUAGGAGUUCCUUCAUAUCCUGAAGGGAAAUAAUAGGUACUAUGUGAGAGUGAUCCCAAGCAAAGCAUCCCCAAAUUUAAAUUCGCCUAAAUGCAGUCUACGUAUUGCCCUCUUAGCAUGCGUAUCUCAAUGUUCUCUUUCAUGACAAUCAAAGUCGCCGGUUGAAUAUCGUUUUCCUUUAACAAAUUCUUGCACACGAAAUUCGCGUCCCGUAAGUCAGCACAAACCUAAAUGUAAGUCUCACUUAUUUUGAAGAUUCUCCCUAGCCAGCUGCAGAAUAAGAUUUUUUAAAUUUCUUGACAGAUCUAAGCCUAGAUUAUUUCAUAAAAGUUUGGGUGCCGCGUCUGUAAGAUAUGCUGUCAGCAGAAACAUAAGCCCCACUAAGGUUUCGGUGGUCUCUGACCAGAACUGUUAAUGCUCUUCACGACCCACAUUGAAGCUCUUCUUCUGAGAUGGUUGACAUUAUACGUGUAAACUUGUAUUGCUAUUAGCUAGCAUUGGGGGUCGACCAGGCCAGUCUUAGCUACUUCCCCAUCUAUUUCUUCCAAUUUCCGAAGGGCGUACGCUACACUUUACUCAGAAUUUCAGAUCCCUUAAGUUGGUCAAGAUGAAAAGAUAAGCAGCUUAACGUUCUCCCUUUAUAUAUUGCAGGCGAUAGUUCUGUUCUUCCAUCCAUCUUCCUGAAGCAACAUAAUUACGGAAAGUGAAGAGGAGGAUCAUUUCCUACAUUCCCACAAGGCAUGCACAUUUAGUUACUCAGGACUUUCUGCAUUGCCGAGAGUUCACUCAGACCGACUCCAUCGCAAGAAAGGGCACGAGAGAGUGACGAAAAGGGUUGGUGAAGAUGAAUGAUUUGUUCUCCAAUUCGUUCAAGCGAUACACCGACCUGAAGGAGCAGGUAUACCUAGAUGACACCGAUUCCAAUAAGGAAACUGUCAACCUUGACAAGUUCUUUGAAGACGUUGAAAGAGUGAAGGAGGACACAGCUCAGGUGGAGCAGCUCUACAAGAGAUUGCAGGAAUCGAAUGAGGAGAGCAAAAUCAUCCAUCACGGCAAAACAAUCAAGCAGGUCCGAGACCGUAUGGACUCAGAUGUGCAACAGGUCUUGAAACAAGUCAAAAUCAUCAAAGGCAAGCUCGAAGCCCUUGAACAUUCCAAUGUGGCCCACCGGAAGCUUCCUGGGUGCGGCCCUGGUUCAUCAGCAGACCGGACCCGGACCUCGGUGGUUAUUGGACUGGCAAAAAAGCUCAAAGAUAUGAUGGAUGAUUUCCAGGGCUUAAGGGCAAAAAUGAAUGCGGAUUAUAAGGAAACCGUGGGAAGAAGGUACUUCACAAUCACGGGACAGAAGGCGGAUGAAGAGACCAUUGACAACCUAAUAUCGAGUGGAGAAAGUGAGAGUAUUGUUCAAAAAGCAAUUCAGGAACAAGGGAGAGGUCAAAUCUUGGACACGAUAUCAGAGAUUCAAGAAAGGCGCGAUGCAAUUAAGGAGAUAGAGAAGAACCUGAUUGAGUUGCACCAGAUAUUCUUGGACAUGGCUGCACUGGUGGAGGCACAAGGUCACCAGCUCAACGAUAUCGAGUCUCAGGUCGCUCAGGCCAGCUCGUUCGUGAGGCGAGGAGCAGAUCAGCUUCAAGGAGCGAAGGAAUAUCAGAAAAGCUCUAGGAAGUGGGUGUGCAUUGCCAUUAUUCUUGGUGCUGUUAUUGUCUGCUUCCUGAUAAUACCAAUCUUAACAUCAAUUAGUCACUAACAGAAAUAAGAAGAAAGGGAAUGUGAGUGCAGAGACCCAGUUAAGUCCACCGCUGGAGUUUUGCAGAAUCCAAGGGGAGAAAAUCAGCUAAGGAUUUUCUCAUACAUGGAAGGUCCAUUAUAGUCUGUUCUUCGUUCCUUCUUCUGUUUU